CCAGAUCUUUUGUUUCUGCAACUAAAAAAUAGAUGUGUAGGAUAUAUAUGUAUUCAAUUCUGGAUCUCCUUCAGUAGAUGUGUUUAUUACAGUAUUCAGUAAAUCUGCAUUUUAUUGUGUUAGCCAUCUUAUUUAUUGCAGGUUGGGGUUAAGUCAGUUUUGGUGUAAAAACAAUGGCCGAUGAAACAGGCCUUGAUGCCUUUUGUGGUUCUGAUUUCUGGGACCUACAACUGACAUGGAACACAACGGACCCUCACUUCACUCCGUGCUUUGAGGAGACGGUGCUGGUGUGGUUGCCAUGUGGCUUCCUGUGGCUCUUUGCAGCUCUUGAGUUGUACAUCAUCAAGUCCAGCAGGGACAAGCUCAUUCCCUGGACCUUUCUUAAUAUCUCUAAGCUGGUUUGUUCAGCAGUGCUGCUGGUGCUGGAACUGUCAGAUCUCAUCUACCAAAUAGUGCAGGGCAGCGACUCAUCUACCAAUGUCUACCCUAACUACUACCUUGUUCCCAUCAUUCUCUUCAUGUCCAUUCUGCUGCAAGCCAUCUUCGUAAUAUUCGAGAAGAAGAACGGCGUGCAGAGCUCAGGGUACCUGUUCUUGUUCUGGCUCCUGAUGGCGGUGUGCGGCGUGUUCCAGUACAGGAGCUUCUUCCUGCGUUAUGCCAACGAUAGUGUAGACACGUGGUCAUUUGUGAUCUACAACAUCUACUACCCGAUCGUAUUGCUGAUGUUGCUGCUGAACUGCUUCGCGGACGCGCGACCCAAGCACCUCGACUACCCCAGGGGCGAGCGUGCGUGCCCCGAGCCCGACGCGUCGUUCCUGAACCGCAUCACGUUCGCGUGGCUGGACCCGCUCGUGUGGCGGGGCUUCCGACGCGACCUCGAGACCAAAGAUCUUUGGGACCUGUCCCAGGAGAACGCGUCCUGCACCGUCGUCGGCGACUGGGACAAGAACUGGGCCAAGUCUGUCCUUAAGGCCCAGCGGAAAGGAGCUAGUGCGACCCGUGCGACAUACGACAAGACCACCGACCGCGUCUCUGUGACGGGCAGCGCGGGGGACGGCAAGCCCUACGUGUCCGUGCUGCCCACCAUGGUCAGGACCUUCGGCAAGGAGUUCCUGGCCGGCUCUGCCCUCAAGCUUAUCUAUGAUAUCCUUCAGUUCGUCAGUCCUCAGAUCCUGAACUGGCUGAUAAACUUCACGGAGCCUGAGAACAACGUAGAGGAGUGGAAGGGCUACUUCUACGCGGUGCUCAUGUUCGUGUGCGCUCAGGUGGCCUCCUUCAUCCUGGGCCAAUACUUCAUGCGCACCUUCCUGGUGGGGCUUAAGAUACGCACAGGCGUCAUCUCUGCUGUGUACAAGAAGGUGAUUAUAUGUUAUUACCUUCUUAUUAUAUACUUCAUGCGCACCUUCCUGGUGGGGCUUAAGANUUACUACUCGUACAGCUGGCUGAUAAACUUCACGGAGCCUGAGAACAACGUAGAGGAGUGGAAGGGCUACUUCUACGCGGUGCUCAUGUUCGUGUGCGCUCAGGUGGCCUCCUUCAUCCUGGGCCAAUACUUCAUGCGCACCUUCCUGGUGGGGCUUAAGAUACGCACAGGCGUCAUCUCUGCUGUGUACAAGAAGGUGAUUAUAUUAUACCUCACCACAUACCUCAACAUGCUGUGGUCCGCGCCCCUGCAGAUAUUCCUCUCACUCUACUUCCUCUGGAACAUCUUGGUAUACCUCACCACAUACCUCAACAUGCUGUGGUCCGCGCCACUGCAGAUAUUCCUCUCACUCUACUUCCUCUGGAACAUCUUGGGCGCGAGUGUGCUGGCGGGGUUGCUGGUACUGAUCCUGCUCAUCCCCAUCAAUGGGGUGAUCGCGAACAUGGUCAAGAAGCUGCAGAUCCAGCAGAUGAAGUUCAAGGACAAGCGCGUCAAGAUGAUGAAUGAAAUACUCAACGGCAUGAAGGUGCUGAAGCUGUACGCGUGGGAGCCGUCCUUCGAGAACCAGGUCCUGGAGAUCCGGCAGAAGGAAAUAGACGUCCUGAAGAGGGCGGCCUACCUCAACGCCGUCACCUCCUUUGUCUUCACCUGCACACCCUUCCUGGUCUCGUUCAUGAUGUUCAUGACCUAUGUGCUGAUAGACCCCGAUCACACCCACAUGCUCACGGCGGACAAAGUCUUUGUAUCGGUGACGCUGCUCAACAUAUUGCGUAUGCCCAUGGCAAUUCUGCCCUUCCUCAUAGUCAGCACGGUGCAGGCGAACGUCUCCCUGAAGCGCCUCAAUAAAUUCCUGAACUUGGACGAGCUCGACCCCAGCGCUGUGUCCAGGGAGCCUCUACCAGGUUCGACUAUUGAGGUUCAGAACGGUUCGUUCGCGUGGGGUCACGACGCUGAAGACGAGCUCAUCCUGAAGGAUAUCAACUUGAAGGUGAAGCCAGGGGCCCUGGUUGCCAUCGUAGGGACUGUGGGGGCGGGCAAGACCUCCCUCUGCUCCGCCAUGCUCGGUGAUAUGGAGAAGAGGACUGGCAAAGUCAACAUUCAGGGUCGCAUCGCGUACGUGCCUCAGCAAGCAUGGAUCCAGAACUGCAGUCUCAGGGACAACAUUUUGUUCGGCGCGCCCUACGACGAGAAGAAAUACAAUGAAGUUCUGGACGCCUGUGCCCUGCUGCCCGACCUCGCCAUACUGCCGGGGGGAGACCUUACUGAGAUCGGGGAGAAGGGCAUUAACCUGAGUGGGGGCCAGAAGCAGCGCGUGUCGCUGGCGCGCGCCGUGUACUCGGGCCUGGAGGUGCAGCUGCUGGACGACCCCCUCAGCGCCGUCGACUCCCACGUGGGCAAGCACAUCUUCAACCGCGUCAUCGGGGCACAGGGCAUCCUCAGAGAUAAGACCCGCAUCCUAGUGACACACUCGAUAUCCUACCUGCCCCGCACGGACCACAUCGUGGUGAUGAAGGAGGGCCGCAUCAGCGAGCAGGGAUCCUACCAGCAGCUCCUGGACAACAAGGGAGAGUUCCAGGAGUUCCUACUGCAGCAUCUCGCGCAGGACAGCGAGGACGAGCCUCCUGUCGUGGCCACAUUCUUCGUGAUCAUUUACUCGACCCCGAUCUUUAUUGCGGUGAUGAUUGAUUGCAUGCCUCAUCGAUUGCAUGCCUCAUCAUCAAAAGAACUGUGCGAAGCGGCGGUGUACGUAGCGACAUCGCGGCAGCUCAAGCGCAUCGAGUCCGUGUCGCGCUCCCCGAUAUACUCGCACUUCGGGGAGACCGUGCAGGGCGCUGCCACCAUCAGGGCGUACUCCAAACAAGCCGACUUCAUUCAGGACUCUGAACUGAAGGUGGACACCAACCAAAUCAGCUACUACCCCAGCGUCGUGGCUAACAGUUUUGUAUUUGUACUUAGAGUAACACAAACGCUGAACUGGCUGGUGCGCAUGACGUCAGACGUGGAGACAAACAUUGUGUCCGUGGAGCGCGUGAAGGAGUACAGCGAGACGCCGCAGGAGGCGCCCUGGGAAAUANCCAACCAUCCAUGUAAUCCACUAUUCACGGGCGAGCUGACGAUGAGAGCCGUGCAGGUGACAUGGACGGUGUACGGCUACUACAUGAAGGCCAUCGGCGUGCUGGUGACCAUCCUGACCACCUGCUUCUACGUGGGCUCUCAGGCCUGCAUGGUCAUGUCCAACAUCUGGCUCUCCAUGUGGUCAGAGGACGCUAGCUCCAUGGAGCCCGCCGUCAGGGACAAGUAUCUUGGGGUCUAUGGAGGACUGGGCGCCGGGCAAGUAUUAUUCGUGUUUUCGGCGUCGCUGGUGAUGGUGAAGGCCACCAUACAGGGCAGCUGGCGCCUGCACUACCGCAUGCUCACCAACAUCAUGCGCAGCGCCAUGUCGUUCUUCGACAUGACGCCCAUAGGACGCAUCGUCAACAGGUUCUCCAAAGACAUGGACAUGAUAGACGUGCUGCUCCCCAUGAACCUUAGGAGCUGGAUACAGUGCUUCCUCAUG